AUGUUCUGCAGACAAUGGAGGUCCGCGCUUGUUGUCAAGGCUCUCGGACGGUCUGUUUCCGAUACGCUCAUGGUUAGAAGGCUCCAGAGCAUCUGGGCAAAGGCAGGGACUAUUCAAGUUACGUCGGCCAAAAAUGGCUACUUCCUUGUUCGCUUCACUAGUGGAAUGGACUAUGAGCGCGCGAUUACGGGUGGACCUUGGCUAGUGGAUGAUAAAUAUCUCACGGUGCACCAGUGUGUUACGUGA